GUCAGGGAGCUCGGCGCUUUCCCACAGCUUUCCUGCCAGGCGAUCCCGCCUGUCGCAGCUAACCAACAGGCGUCGCCUUCGCUGACAGAAACUGAUGUCUACCUCGGGAGCCUGAAGUCCUGACUGACGAAUGAGCCAGCAGCGCCCUCCAGGGCCCCCCCACGGCCUCAGCUGAGCCCGAACCCCCCGACAUGGCAGCCAAGUUGGAGAUGGCUUUGAGCUCCCAAGCCCGCUCCCAGUCCGAGACACACAUCGUCGCGAGGCUCGAGGAGAAGAAGGGGGACCCGUCGCCCCGAGCCGGCCCCGACCCUGAGCUCUCGAGGCAGAGCUUCAGGCAGUUUUCUUACCUGGAGGUGUCAGGGCCCCAGGAGGCGCUUUCCCGCCUCCAGCUGCUCUGCCGACAGUGGCUGAGGCCCGAGCUGCACAGCAAGGAGCAGAUUUUAGAGCUGCUGGUACUGGAGCAGUUCCGUCACAUCCUGCCCCCCGAUAUUCAGGAGCGGCUCCAGGGACAGUGUCCAGGGAGCAGCAAGGAGAUGGUGGCUCUGGUGGAGGAUUGCCACAGAGAGGCCAAAAUGCCAAAGCAAUGGGUGGCUGUGUGUGUACAAGGGCAGAGGGUGCUCUUGGAGAAAACGGGAUCUCAGCUUGGAGAGCAGGAGCUGCUGGGCUUUCAGAUGCAAACUCCUAGGAGAUCUCUCCAGGAGAACUCUCCAGGGGAGCCUUUCCAGGCUGGAUCACAGGACUCAUUGAGCCCACAUCAUUGGGAAAAGCCUCCACUCCUUCAGGAGCCAGCCCUCAAAGUAGCCAGGACAGAGACCCCUAAAAUGAAAAAUGACAACAAGGAAAAUCCGCAAAAGGAGGGGCCUAAAGGAGCAAAGACAUGUGUGGUGUCAGUCAACAGGUCAAGAGACAAUGGUCUGCAGAGUCCUGAACCAAGAGCAGCAAAUAGAAGUGAACCCCACUUGUCAUGGCGACAGAUAAGCCCUCCCACCACUCAAAAGCCAUUUGUUCAGUACCAGAGAUACUGCAGGGAUCUGGAACACUUGGGCAAUCCCUUAAAAAGCCACCCACUGAGGGAGCUGAAGAAAAGCAAAGGAAAUAAAAAGAGCCUGAGCAUCUGUUUGCAACGUCUUGGCCACCAGCCCGUCCACUUGGUGAGAAAACCGUACAAGUGUGAGGACUGUGGGAAAAGCUUCAUGUGGAAUUCAGAGUUGAAAAGACAUAAGCGUGUCCACACAGGGGAGCGGCCCUACAGCUGUGGAGAGUGUGGCAACUGCUUUGGACGGCAGUCAACCCUGAAACUCCACCAAAGGAUCCAUACAGGGGAAAAACCCUACCAGUGUGGACAAUGUGGGAAAAGCUUUCGGCAGAGCUCAAACCUUCACCAGCACCACCGGCUCCACCAUAGUGACUGAAUCAUGCUUUUGUGAAGAGGAAGGGUCUGAUGUUUCCCCUC